GGCCAAUCGCGGCUCUCCUGCCAGAGACGUAGUCAGCUGUGGUACUUCCUCGUUUGUUUUCUGAGCGGAACCGAAACCAGACGCCCAAUUUCAGAAUGCAUCUGUGCAGGGUUGGAAUUUACAUGAAGAGGAGAAAGCGGGGCUGCUCUCAAGCCUGAACAUUUUUGGUCUUCCUCCAUCUGGCGGUCACUCCCUCUGCCUCUUCAGAUUGGUGCUCAUCCCCUCUCCCCAUCGCCAACAUGCUGUGCUGGGGGAAUGCAAAGGAUGGACAGUUGGGACUUGGUAUAGAGAGGAACCCUGUAUUUGAGCCCAGGAACUGUCACGUGUUCAGCGGCAGGGGACUGAAAGAGGUAGCCUGUGGAGGGCAACACUCAAUGUUCCUGCUGUAUGAUGGUAGUGUGUACACAUGUGGUUCUAACAGCUGUGGGCAGCUGGGCCACGACAGACCAGGCACUUCCCCAGAGUUUGUAGGAGCUCUGGAUACUCAGACAAUAACAAUGGUGUCGUGUGGUCGGGCCCAUUCCAUGGCGGUGAAUGAGCAGGGUCAAGUUUUUGCUUGGGGAGCUGGUGAAGGGGGCCAGCUUGGCCUGGGGACUACAGAGACGGCUGUUCGAAUCCCAAGGUUGGUCAAGAGGCUGUGUGACCACCGGAUCUCUCAAGUAAUGUGUGGGAAUCAGCACUGCAUUGCACUUUCUAAAGACGGCCAGCUGUUCACAUGGGGCCAGAACACUAGCGGUCAGCUCGGUCUCGGGAGAGGGGAGCCCAGCAAGUUGUCCCCUCACCCCCUGAAGUCUCUGGCAGGUAUUCCUCUGGCACAGAUUACCGCUGGGGGAGACCACAGCUUUGCUCUCUCCCUGUCCGGGGCUGUAUUUGGUUGGGGCAAGAACAGAGCCGGACAACUGGGUCUCAAUGAUAAACAAGACCGUGCUGUCCCGUGCCACAUCAAAUUUUUGAGGUCUCAAAAAGUUGUUCACAUCAGCUGUGGAGAUGAGCACACAGCAGCCCUCACAAAGGACGGUGGCUUGUUUACAUUUGGUGAAGGCUCAUGGGGUCAGCUUGGUCACGGCUCCACCAAUAAUGAACUUUUACCCAGACGAGUGCUGGAGCUCAUGGGAACUGAGGUGUCCCAGAUUACCUGUGGCAGGCACCACACGUUGGCGUUUGUGCCUUCCACUGGUGUAGUGUACGCGUUUGGUUGUAACAGCCACGGCCAGCUGGGCACAGGAAUACUAGGGGAUGCCAGGACCCCAUUUCCUGUCAAGUCCAGUUCUCUGACUGGGAAUUUCCAUAAAACAGAAUCAAGACAAUAUACAGUGACCAGAAUCAUCUGUGGAGGAGACCAUAGCUUCUUAUUGUACUCCAAUGAUCAGAACUGUGUCCCCCCAGAAGACUUCAGGGUGAUAAAUAUCAGUAGAUCACUCUCCCCAAUCAAUUAUGAAAGAUUAAAUUCAUGGAGGUUAAAGCUGAUGUACAGCACAGACUCAAGUGUCACAAAUGACAUCAUAAUUCAACUUUCCUCUACUGCUUGUUGGAACGCCAGCUUCUUGGACCAAAGUGAUGACACCCACUUCAAAACCAACCCAAAGAUCCCAGGCAUCGAUCUAAACUCUGUCAGGACGCUAUUUGAGACGCUCAACAAACCGGCCUUCUCUGGACUUCUGGAGCAGGCUACCAAGAGCUUUGAGAGUCUGUUGAUCCCUCAGCUGCCACGCUCUCCUCCUGAUGUCGAGGCCAUGAGGAUCUACCUCAUCUUGUCCGAGUACCCGGCCCUGAUGGACUCCAAGAACUACAUCCGCCUCACUAUCCCGCUGGCAAUGGCCAUCCUCCGGCUAGACACCAACCCCAGCAAAGUAUUGGAUAACUGGUGGUGUUUUGUGGACGGCAGCGUGUUCACCAGAAUGGUUGACAUGUACAAGAGCAUCGUUGUGUUCAUGCUGACAGGAGGCAAGACGCUGCUCGUACCGGUGUUCUACGAAAAUUAUUUUGUUGCCACACUGAGGCUGCUGGAGAAACUCCACAAGGUAAACUUAAAGGCCCGCCAUGUAGAGUACAACCGCUUUUAUAUCCCUGACAUCACCAGCCUGGUGGACAUCCAGGAAGACUACCUCAAAUGGUUUCUGAGUAAAGCUGACAUUAAAGUGGGAUCAUCCUCCCCUUCACAGAGUGACUUUCCCGCGGUGAACCUAUGUGCCUACCCGUUCAUACUGAACGCUCAAGCCAAGACAACCAUGCUGCAAACAGACGCUGAACUGCAAAUGCAGAUGGCAGUAAGCGGUGCAAACCUACACAACGUCUUCAUGCUGCUCACGCUGGAACCCCACCUUGCUAGGAACCCUUACUUGGUGCUCCAUGUGCGCAGGAACCAUUUAGUAAGUGACACACUACGUGAGCUCACCAUGUACUCCGAUGUGGACCUCAAGAAACCGCUCAAGGUGAUCUUUGAUGGAGAGGAGGCCGUGGAUGCAGGUGGAGUAACAAAAGAGUUCUUCCUGCUGCUGUUAAAGGAACUGAUGGAUCCUGUGUAUGGGAUGUUCACACAUUACAAAGAGUCCAACCUGCUGUGGUUCUCAGACAAAUGUUUUGUUGAACAGAACUGGUUUCACCUGAUCGGGAUCAUCUGCGGUCUGGCCAUCUACAACUCCACGGUGGUGGACCUCCACUUCCCCUUGGUUCUCUACAAAAAGCUGCUCGAUGUGCCACCGACGCUGGAGGACUUCAAGGAGCUCUCCCCCACCGAGGCCAGGAGUCUACAACAGCUUCUAGACUAUGAAGGAGGUGAUGUGGAGGAGACGUUUCUUUUAAACUUUGCUAUCACCAGGGAGAACUACGGGAUGACGGAAGUCAAAGAGCUCAUACCUGGAGGAGAGAGCAUCAGUGUGGACAAAAACAACAGGAAGGAGUUUGUCGAGGCCUACCUGCGCUACGUGUUCUCAGACUCUGUGAGCGAGCAGUACUCGGCGUUCUCAUCUGGCUUCCUGAAGGUGUGCGGGGGUGAGAUCCUGUCGCUGUUCCAGCCGUCUGAGCUGAUGGCCAUGGUGGUCGGCAACAAUAACUACAACUGGGAGGAGAUGGAGAAGAACGCUGUUUACAAAGGGGAAUACACAGCCACUCAUCCAACAGUCAGAUUGUUCUGGGAGGUUUUCCACGAGUUUUCUCUGGAGAAGAAGAAGCAGUUCUUAUUGUUCCUGACCGGCAGUGAUCGUAUCCCCAUCCACGGCAUGGAGAGCCUGCGUAUUGUCAUCCAGUCCACCACAGCGGAGGAGCACUACUUGCCAGUGGCCCACACCUGCUACAACCUGCUGGACAUGCCCCGCUACCAGACCAAAGAGAUCCUGCGCCGCCGUCUCACUCGGGCUGUGGAGCAGUAUGAGGGUUUCAGCCUGGUCUGAGGAGGUGGAGACCUGCAGCAGCUUUAAUGCACUUUAACAGCAAUACAACCCCCGUGUCAGUGACAAAAGAGUGUAGUGGGACUCGGACUUGGGGACACAGAAAGAUCACUCUCUUUAUAUGCUCUCACAAGAUUGUUAAGCGUCUUGAAUCUGAAAGGUCUAUCUAUGUAAAUCAGAGUAUUAUGUUUUCAUUGCUUUCGGCCAUGUUUCUCAAUCUUUAAGGACCAUGUGAAAGAUACUUUAAAUGCUGAUGUAUGGAUAUUUAUUUGAAAUUAAUCACACUCCUGAAAUAUUAAUGACAUACUUAAAUUUACAUGAGAACCUGGGAUCAUAAAAAAUAUAAGACCAAAAAUCAAAGGCCAGAGGAGGUUGAGAAACUCAGGCUUUUUGGAUGUUUGCGUAGUUUUAUUUUCGUCUUUAAUUAUUUUAUUUUGUUUUGUACUUUAUAUUCAGCUCCUUAAAUUCUAUUUUUUACAUUUAAAUAAUUCUGUUAUUAUCUUGAGACAAUAUAUCUGCUUUUUGUUACUUUUACUUGGUUAAAUAGAGUGGUUAUUUUUUGACAAAAUAUAAAAAUGUGUAUAUAUAUGUAUGUAAAUAGCACUUUGAAUAUAAUCUUUACCCUUGACAUUGGGAGGAGUGUUUGUCCCGCUGAUCCUUUUAAAUCUGGACACCAGCAUGUCCUCUCUGCCUGAGGUUAAAGAAGGACAAUGUGGGAGUACUCAGCAGGCAGAGAGGUGAAACAUGGUGAAUAUUAUUUGCAAUCCCUCUUUCCUUUCGAGCUGUGGAUCACAGAGAAGCUGACUUUGUCUUGAACCUGCAUUCAACAGUGUUGCCUUCUACAGCAAAACCUACACGAGAAGCUGACUUUAAAAGUUGAUUUUUAGUGGUUGUUGUCUGUGUGCAUGUUCUUGAGUGGGAGCAAAAACCAGAUUGUCAUUUAAAGAGUUAGACAUUUUGGGAAAUACGCUUGUUAGCUUUCUGGCGGAGAGUUAGGUUUUAAUGUUUGACCGUUGAAUCUGAGGUGGCGACUAGCAGCUACUUAGCUUAGUUUAGCGUAGCCUAGCUUAUCUUAGCUUAGUUUACCUUAGCACAAAGACUAGAGAGGGGUUAAACAACUAGCCUGGCUCUGUCCAGCGGGAAUAAAACUCACGUACCAUCACCAUUUAAGUUUACUAAUUUACCCGUUAUAUGUUAUUUGUUUUAUACGUGCAAAAACUAGGGUGUAAAAACAACAACUCACCGUUUUACGUGGCGUUAUGUACCCGCUCUCUCUUAGCUGAGAUCGGUGUUACACCGUAUUCUGUGACCCAUCAGGUAUGACUUCAUGAGGAAAUGAAUUUAAGCUAGCAAACGUUACUUAAUUAUUGUUAUUGCAUGCCUUCUUUUGAUAGCUGUUACCAAACAUGGUGCCAUCAUAGUAUUUAGAUAGGGUUACGAAUUUAUAUAGCCUAAAAGCAUAUUCAGGUCACAGGAUGUAACGGGUCGCGUAAUACAGCAUAACACUACAAACUUUUUCCACUGGUUGCUUAGCAACAGCGCCGCGCUAAGAAAUAUUGCGGCACUAAACCCUGCGUAAAAUGGCGAUUUGUCGUUUUUAUACAUAUUUUUUUCGUACAGACUUAACAAAUGAGUUAUAAAAUGUUGCUUUGUCAACUUAAGAUGCAUUUAAAAAAAAAAAAGAUUUUGUAACUGCUCGAUAGCGCGAGACCAGCCGUUUCCCCGAUUUCCGGUCUUUUUUGCUGAACUAAGCUAAGCUAAGCUAACCGGCUGCUAGCUGUAGCUUCACAUGUAAUGAUGCUAAGCUACUUCUCAAACAGAAAGCCAGUAAAUGUAUGUAUGUCCAAAAGUUGCAUUUACUACAAAAUAUUUACUCAUUAAAAUUAAUAAUUGUAAUUAGUUUGUUUCCAAGUUGCAGAUAAGUAAAUUAUGACAGUAAAAUGUUUCUUGGAGGAUGACACAGUAUUUAACAGUGUGGGCAGAUAACUUAUUUAAUUCGCUAGUCAGUUUGUUGCACAUCUUGCCCUGAUACUGUAUUUAUUCCUACAGUCAAACCUCUUUAAUCCAAAUGUUUAAUUAGAUCGUGCAUUGGCGUGAAGUGUGUGACAUGGUCUUGCAUAUAUACAUAUAUAUUUUUUAUAUAUUUCAUACAUGACAGUGGUGUCAAAGUGACUUGAGACAGUAAAUGACUUGAUGUGUCCCACCAGGUCACACUGACACAUCUGUUUAGCAAUAACAACCUGAAACAGCCCAGUAAUGUAGUGAUAACUCUGGGCUUUUCUUCUAAAGGUCUUAAACAGUGGACUCUUCUGAGAUGUUUUCUUGGGACAGUUCAUCUUCUUGCUUAGCUCUAUACUGCAUGUACACACAUGUUCUUACAUGUUCAGUCAGUAUUUGUCUAAUUAAAGCUCAUUUCUCCUGCAGAGUUUAGUCCUAUGCAAAGGUUUGUGCAGCCCUAGACUUUUUUGCACCUUUUAAUGUGCUACAAGAAAAUGUGAUUUUGCAUAUUUGUCUGAAAUCUACACAAAGCUCUGUGUUCCAGCCAACUUUUUAAAUAAAACAAUACAGUGUUUGGUGAUUGCAUUAUUGGACAGAAAUAUGUUUAACAAUUACUUUGUAGCUCAUUACAUAUACUUACCAUCUUUUUACAGAUUACAUUUUGUUUUUAGCAGCUUGAUUUUUCUGGAACAAAUUCAGUAAUUGAUCCACAGAAUAUUUAUGUGUAUCAUUGUAAACUGAAUAUCACCAGCUGGUCACCAGUAUUACUUAACCUUGGUAUUUGGUUGAAUUUAUGUUAUGACAUCGGGUGACUAAAAUUUAAUGUCAGGACAACGUUUAAUGCCAACGUGAAUUUGACAUAGAAUAUUGACAACAGAUGAUGAUAUUUUGUUGGUUUUAAGUUCUGUUGUUUGGUAAAAUCCAAAGUCUGCCAAACUUCUCAUGCUAACCUCAUCUCAACAAAGGAAUAACAAUAUUUAGUUGGUAUGGAGACCAAAAUCCAACAUUUGCAAACCAUCAUAAUGUUAACAUCCACACAAGGUGGAAAUCUAACAUCUUUAGACAUUUAAAAUAUUGUCAACCUCAUUUUCAAUCCAUCCAAAAUCUAACGUUUGUCCAACAUAACAGUCAAAUAUCUUUCUGACAUCAUAUUGACGUCCAGUGCCAGUUGAGUCUUUAAACCAAACUAUAGGUUAGUUAAUCAAGACAAUAAUUGUCAGAAUAAUCAAAAAUGAAAAAUAAUUGUUAUUCGCAGCCCUAAAACAGUGAUGUACUGAGAGGAAUUUCCUUCACCUAAAAUGCUUCCACGUCAACUCAGUCACUCAAAGGAAAUCCACGCAGCCAAAAAAACUCAGUAAAAAUAUGAUUUCAUUCAUAUUAUAUACAAAAUACAAAUACAAUUUAUGUACUAAAAUGUACACACUCAAAAUUCAUUAAGCCUCGCCAGUGUUUACAUUCAGUAAAAACGAAAUUCACACUGAUAAAUCAUCCAUUUUGGAGAAAGGAAGGAAAAAUGUACUCGCUCACAGAAAUGUAAACAUACAUAAGUGAUCCAUAUUUACAAAAGAACCAAACGAGCUCCGGAGAGGACGAGAAGGAAACACAGGCCGCCCUGCAGGAGUCAUCUCACAAACGUCUGUCAAUGUUUAUCAGUGUGAGCAGAAACAUACCAGUGAUUUCAAGACGAGAAAUAGCUUAUUUUGACAGUAAGGAAAUGGGGAAAAAAGCACGUCAAUGCACAAAAAACAGUCAAAUGCUUAAGUACCAGUGAUCACAAAACUAAGCUGUUUUACUGAAAAUGAGUUAUUUUGGUUCAUAGGUUGUACUCUGAGUCACUGUCUUUGGGUUGUGUUAAUAUUUUAAACCAUUUCUUUUAGUGAGCAAAUACUCAAUUCAACUUCUAGAGAAGCAACAAAAGAUUAUCUCAGAUAUUAUGAUGGUCAGAACUGAAAUAGAGAAAGCUAUUCAAUUAGUGAAUACUGUUAAGCUGAUUGGAGUUAUACAAAUAGUAACGUCUCCCUUACAAAAAUACACAUUUCUUGAUCGCAAAAA